UCUGGCAUAGAGAGUUAUUAUAACCUCAAACUUCAUAUACAAACGCUGAGAGAACAAUCUUAGUAUGAUCGGAUGUUUUUGUGCUUGAAUAAUUUUGAUUUUGGAUUUAUUACUAUUAAAAAAGAUCACUUUUCAUAAUAAUUAAUAUUAUAAAUUGUUUGUGGGCUGAAAGUAUUCUUAAUCAUGGAAACGUUAUUGGAACAACAACGUCGAUAUCAUGAGGAGAGAGAACGUUUGAUGGACGCUAUGGUGAAGGAAUCAAUUCAUAAAAAACCAGGACACCGAGAAACAAUUAAUUCAGAGCAUCGACUAAAAAUGUUACUUGAUCAAUUUAUGGAUUGUACUUAUCAAUUGCAAGAACUAUAUGAAGAUAAGGAUGGUCAAAGAAAAGAAGAGGUUCAAGCUCUUUCUGGACCAAAUGAAUUUUCUGAAUUUUAUUCACGAUUGAAAGCCAUAAAGGAAUUUUAUCGACGACAUCCCAAUGAAAUAAGCGUUCCUAUGUCAGUAGAGUUUGAAGAAUUAGCUAAAAUGCGAGAAAAUCCUACUGAAGAAUUAGCAAACUUGGUAGAAUUUACUGAUGAAGAAGGAUACGGAAAAUACCUUGAUCUUCAUGAAUGUUUCGAAAAAUAUGUCAAUCUUAAAGGUGUAGAAAAAAUAGAUUACAUAAGUUAUUUAUCAACUUUUGAUCACUUAUUUGAUAUUCCUAGAGAACGAAAAAAUGCCGAAUAUCGUCGUUAUCUAGAAGCACUGAUCACUUAUUUAACAGAUUAUAUAUUGAGAAUCAAGCCACUUCAUAACAUAAAUAAUGAUUUAGAAGAAGCACAAAAAGAUUUCGAAAUUCAAUGGGAAAAUAGUACAUUCCCUGGAUGGCCAAAAGAAACAGGAAGUGCUUUGACUAACGUAGGAGCACAUCUUGAACUAUCAGCAUUUUCAUCAUGGGAAGAAUUAGCAUCACUUGGAUUAGAUCGAUUGAAAUCAGCUUUAAUGGCCUUAGGUUUAAAGUGUGGUGGAACUCUCGAAGAGAGAGCUCAAAGAUUAUUCAGUACCAAAGGAGAAACAUCUUUAGAUCCCAGUUUAUUAGCAAAAAAUAAAAAAAAGACAGGAAAAGGAAAAGAUUUAGAAAAACAAAAAGACAUAGCUCGAUUAGAAGCUCAAGUGUAUAAGCUUGCUGAAUUGGUUUCUACUCAACGAGUAGCUACUAAAGAAAAUGUUCAGAGAAAACAGGCAAGAACUGAAGGAGAACGUGGAGAUUCUGAUGCUGAAGCAAGUGUAAGUGAAUCUGAAGAAGAAGACGAUAAUGAAGUACCAUACAAUCCCAAGAAUUUACCUCUCGGUUGGGAUGGAAAACCAAUUCCUUAUUGGUUGUAUAAAUUACAUGGACUCAACAUCAGUUACAAUUGUGAAAUUUGUGGUAAUUUUACCUAUAAGGGACCGAAAGCCUUUCAACGACACUUUGCAGAAUGGAGACAUGCUCAUGGAAUGCGAUGUCUUGGAAUUCCUAAUACAGCACAUUUUGCAAAUGUUACACAAAUUGAAGAUGCUUUAGCUCUCUGGGAGAAACUCAAAGCCCAAAAGCAAGCUGAAAGGUGGCAACCUGAGCAAGAAGAAGAAUUUGAAGAUUCUCUAGGGAAUGUGGUAAAUCGUAAGACAUAUGAAGAUCUCAAACGUCAAGGACUUUUAUAAAAAAACAACAAUGAUUAAUGAAAUUUUACCCGAUAGAAUUUUACAUAAUUAAUGAUAUUUAACUUUUUGAUUAUUAUUGUGUAAUGAAAAUAUUGAUUUGUCAAGAUGUAUUGAAAAUUGUAAGAUGAGAGAAGAGUUAUUUAUAUCACAGUAAAUAAAUUUUAUAUUUAUCUUGUAAUAAAUGAUACAUCAAUCUGCGCAUU